AUGUCAAAGAAUGUUGAGGAAGACAAUGUCACCGCCGCUCCCACGGCUGAGCACACCGACCGCAUAGAUAACAUCACUCCUGUUAAGGCAACCGAUAACGCGGCCUUGUUCCUUAAGGAAUUGUCCGCGACUGGACCUAUCGUCUUUACACCUGAGGAAGAAAAGGCCGUUCUUCGAAAGAUCGACUGGAGAAUCUUGCCCCUCAUCCUCAUAGCCUAUUUCUUCCAGCAACUGGACAAGUCAACUCUUUCAUAUUCCUCUGUUUUCGACAUCGCCACUGACGCCCAUCUUCACGGAAAGCAGUUUUCUUGGCUUGGUUCGUCUCUGUACCUUGCUCAGCUGGUUGCCCAACCUCUUGCUGCCUUGACUCUUGUCAAAUUACCCACUGGAAAGGUUAUAGCCGCUACUAUUUUUCUCUGGGGUUCAUCUCUCUGCAUUAUGAGUGCUUGUACAUCUUUUAAGACGCUUCUGGUUAUGCGUCUGUUUUUAGGAACUUUUGAGUCUCUUAUUGCUCCCUCUCUUAUUGCUGUUACACAGAUGUGGUGGAAGAGAAAUGAACAGACUUUGCGAACCUCGUACUGGAGUGGUAUGAACGGAUUAACAUUCAUUAUCGGCAGUCUCUUCACGUUCGGACUUGGUCACAUCCAGAGCAGCACUCUCUUCUCCUACCAGAUCAUCUUCCUCUUCUGUGGCCUCCUUACCGUUAUCUACUCCAUCCCCGUUUACUUCCUCAUGCCCGACUCCCCAAUGGAAGCGAAGUUCCUUAGCGACCGAGAAAAGGUUGUCACUAUCGAAAGACUCCGAUCGAACCAGAUGGGUAUUGUUUCCCGGCAGUGGAAGUGGGACCAUGUUAAGGAAUCUGUUCUUGAUCUCAAGACCUGGUGCUGGUUCUUCCUCGUCAUCACUAUUUCCAUCCCCAGUGGUGGUAUUAGUACUUUCGGAUCUCUUAUCGUCAAGUCCUUUGGCUAUAAUAAGUUCCAGACCGUCCUCUUUAACAUCCCCUUCGGAGCAGUCCAGUUUUGCGCCAUUAUUGGGUCCGGUUGGCUCGCCACCAGGCUCGGCCGCAAGGGUCCUGUCAUUGUACUUCUUUGCAUCACUCCCAUUAUCGGAUGUGUCUUGCUUCUGACGAUCCCCCACACUCCUGACAAAAAGGGCAUUCUGCUGUUCGCCUACUAUAUCAUCUCCGUCUACCCCGGAAUCACGCCCCUAAUCUUUGCUUGGGAAGCCCAAAACACUGCCGGUGAUACCAAGAGAAAGGUUACCACUGGUGUCAUGUUUGUUGGCUUGUGUACUGGUAACGUAAUUGGACCUCUCCUCUACAGCACUGACCAAGCUCCUCUUUACCGCAGCGGUCUCAUUUCCAACUUGUGCAUGUUUGUCCUUGUUAUAAUUCUCACAAUUAUCAUCACCCUCUAUCUGAUUCUUCUCAACAAAUCCCACGCCCGCAGGCGCGUCGCCCUUGGCAAGUCCGAGGUACUCGUCGAUCGAUCCAUGCUUCGGGGUUCUGCUGCCGCUGAGCUUGAGAGUAAUGAAGAAAUGGAGGCACAUGAGCACGACUUUGAGGAUAUGACUGACAUCAAGAACGAGGAUUUCAUCUUUGUGUAUUAG